AUGUAUGGAAAAAACCUUCGCCAGGAAUUUGGGAAGCAGCUAAGGAAGACCUUGAAGUCAGGAUCAGCUGCUCCAGAUGAGCCCUCCUCUCAUUGGCCAUACUUCGAGUCAAUGCUUUUUUUAACUGAUCAGUUCAUUCCUAGACCAUCCAGUGGAAAUAUUGCCACUAACUACGAUGAUAGCAGUGUUAUCGUAUCAGAAGAUGGGGAAGAAGAAGGAAAUGGGGAUGAUAUCCAGAUUGAACAGUUAGAAACUAUAGUUCUAGCUCCAAAUCACCCUACAAAUGAAGUCUCAGGAAAACUGACUAAUGUAGCAGAAUCCCGAAAUGUAUCAAAGACAAAGACUGGAUACAUCAAACGAGUAACACCUCAAACUGUUAUUGGACAACAGCUGUUGGAACUAGAAAAAGAGAAACUGAAAAUGAAACAGAAUAAAGCAGCCGAAAACCCGAAUGAUGAGGAUAUUGGUUUCUUUAAUUCUCUGUUACCACACGUAAGAAAACUGUCUCCACGUGACAAAUUACGCUUUCGGAUGCAAGUUCAAGAGAUCCUUUUUGACAUGGCCUACCCACAUCAACAACCAAUGACAGCCUCGAGUACUCCAUACAUGGCUCUUUCCCCACAACAUUCCGCAACUUCAAGUUCAACUUCGUUUUAUCCACUUUAUGAGAGUGGUCACGAAGACGCCACGACUGGUAACACAGCUGCAGAUGGUGGAAGUAUUAUAAGUUAUAAUUAAUUUUACUGCAUCAAAACUAUGUCUCAAACCAAUAAACUUGGGUUUAUAAAUUAGCGUUUCAUUAUCAACCAUAAACUAAAACUCUUAUUGGCCAACCCAAAUGUAGCUAAAAUAUUAACUAAACCUAAAAAACGUGUACAAUAAAAGCCAUAAUUACUAUAUAAACAAAUUAUAUUAAACCUCGUUUGAUUUUAAAAAUCAAUAGAUUGAAAUAAAAAUUCUUUUCUUUUGAAAAUUAUUGUC